AUGUACACCACCCGCCUGCGCUGCGGGGCGCGCAUCCCGAGCUGCAAUGGGGCGUCAGGGCCGUUGUCCUCUUUGCGAACUCGGGGUUUCUUGAACCGAUCGGGAGCUGCGGCUUCGGCAAGUUUCACAACAGCAACGAAACGGAGGGCAAACACGAUAUUCCCGACUCGACCGAACCGAACGAGACCAUGUGUUACCCCCCCAUUACCCCUCCAAACGACAACCAAAAGCCACUAUUUCUCUUCCACCCCCAGGAACCCUAACCGCGACCUGGACACUGACGACCUUGACUCCCAAUAUGACUUCGAGUUCGAACCCCCGAAAGACAUCGCCAUUCUCGGCACCGGCUUAACAGGUCUCACAACAGCAUGGUAUCUGACACAGAACCUUCCCGACGCUAACAUCACCAUCUACGAGGCAAGCGACAGAGUCGGCGGGUGGGUCGAUACCGACAAGGUCGAGGUGACAACACCAGAGGGGGAAAAGGGUGUAGUCUACUUUGAGCGCGGGCCGCGCAUGAUCAAACCGCAGACGUCGGGAAGGGUGCCAAAGUGGGAUGAUCUGGUGUUUUUUGAUCUGGUGACCAAACUUCAGCUCGGCGAUCAGCUCAUGCACAUGAAGAAGUCGGAGGAAUCCGUCUCCGGCUUCAUCUACUACCCAGAUCACCUUGUCCCUCUUCCCAAGGCGCCACCGAAAGGGAGCGGUGUAUGGACUUGGAUCAAUUUCAUCCGGACAGUCAUUCCUCUCCUUUUCGAAGACCUCUUCGCGGGCGUGUUCUCCGACAUCAGGGGGAUGCUUGUGACCCAACAAAACCCUCUACGGACCAGAAUUCUCGAGAGGCGGGAGGAUGUAUCGAUGGGGGACUACCUUACUGCCCGGCUAGGGAGACCGGACAUGGUGAACAAGUUCGUAUCUGCUGGUGUUCACGGCAUCAUGGGCGGCGAUGUAUGGAAGCAGAGCAUGGCCAGCGGUUUCGCGGCGGACUCACUCAUCCCAGGCGGUCAGGAUCCCGAGCAUCGUGCUUGGACGCGUGUCGUUGACUAUCACCUCAUGGAAACGCUGACUCGGGACGAGGCCGUCUUCGACUUGGCUACGGAGCACCUCGAUACAAGCGCACUCUGGUUUCGCAACGGGUUCACCACGUUGCCGAAUGCUAUCGCCGAUGCGCUCAAAAAGAACCCAAGAGUAAACAUAAGGAUGUCCGAGCCCGUCACUAACAUCAAACGGCUUCAGAAGGAGUCGGAGGAUAGCGAGGACAAAAUUGAGGUCGAAAGCAAGUCCCGUGACGGAGUGAAAACCAGCAGUUCAUACGAUAAAGUCAUCUCUACUAUUUCCGCCAAGACGCUCCAUAGAGUAACCUCGUCUUCCCUACCUUCUCUCGAAGACUCACCAGCUGUGUCCAUCAUGGUAGUCAACAUCUGGUACCCCGAGCUAGGGGUCAACGCCCCCUACCACGGCUUCGGCUACCUUCUCCCGCAAGCUGUCCCCUAUUCCGAAAACCCGGAAUGGGUCCUCGGCGUGAUCUUCGACUCAGAGCGCGAGGCCCCCCUCCCGACCCUGUCUAACCCAGACCCCCCAUACCGCGGCGCUGACACCGUCCCGGGGACCAAGCUAACCGUCAUGAUGGGCGGCCACUACUGGGACGAGAUCAUGCAACCCCCCAAGUCUGAGGAUGGGAACCCCCACUGGCAAAUCGAUCGCCAUGCCCUCGAAGAACAAGCCAAGAAGAACGCGCUCGCCGCCGUGCAGCGCCACCUGAAACUAGACCCGGCCCUUGCCGAGCAUGCCCACGUCUCUGCGCGCCUCUGCUACGACUGCAUCCCGCAGCAUGUCGUCGGCCACCUAGACCGCAUGCAGCAGACCAACUACGAGCUGGAGUCCGAAUUCGGAGGGCUUUUGUCCGUCGUGGGCCACAGCUUCCAGAACCCUGGCGUGCUGGGCAUGCUGCGUGCCGGGUUUGAUGUCGCCUCGCAGGUUUCCGGACUGGAGAUGGUGGAUGUGAUGGAGGGCGAUAACCCCUGGCCCAUUGGGGCGACGGGGCUGGGACGGCUGGCCGAGAAACCGGAGGAGGGGUUGUGGGUCCCGUGUGACCGGAGGAGGUUGCCGUUGAGGUUUAACAGCGGUGCCCGGCCGGACCCGGAGUAUCGGAGGAGGAUGCCGAGAGAGCGUGAGGAGGAGGAGGAAGAGGAGGAGGAGGAGGAGGAGGAGGAGGGGAGGAGGCGAAGAUAG